AUGAGAAAUGUCACAGGGGCGCUGUCUGUUCCAGGAGCCAGAAGAGGAGGGUUACUAAACAAAUGCAAGGGACAAAUCUCUUUGAACAACAAUCACAAGAUGCCACCCAAAGCCAAAGCUGCAGCAGGUGGAAAAGCCAGAGCUCCAGCGAAGAGGAAGCUGGCAGAAGAGUUUCCCCCUGGAGAAGUGCUCACUGACACAGGGAAGAAAGCCUGGAAACUCGGGUCACCAGUUGGACAAGGGGGAUUUGGACUGAUCUAUCUAGCUGAUGAAAACUCUGCAAAACCUGUUGGUUCAGAUGCCCGCUACGUCAUCAAAGUGGAGCCCAGUGAAAGUGGCCCCCUAUUUUCCGAGCUCAAGUUCUACAUGAGAGCAGCUAAGCCCGAGCUGAUUCAGAGUUGGAUGAAAUCGCACAAGCUGAAGAGUCUAGGUGUUCCUAAAUACUGGGGCUCAGGACUUCAUGAGAAAGGAGGGAGGAAGUACAGAUUCAUGGUGAUAGACCGACUUGGCACAGAUCUUCAGAAGAAGUUUGAGGAAUGCGGAAAGCGGUUUCCCAGGAAACUUGUCUUGCAGCUUGGCCUUCGACUGCUGGAUACUUUAGAGUACAUUCACGCGCAUGAAUAUGUGCAUGCCGACAUUAAGGCUUCAAAUCUGAUGCUGAGCCACAGUGAUCCAAACCAGGUUUACUUGGUGGAUUACGGGCUGGCGUACAGGUACUGUCCCGAGGGCGUCCCCAAAGAGUACAAGCCAGACCCCAAGAGGUGUCACGACGGGACCAUCGAGUUCACAAGCAUCGACGCACACAAAGGCGCCAUGCCCAGCCGGAGAGCAGACCUGGAGAUCCUCGGUUACUGUUUGGUGCAGUGGCUGUGUGGUCGUCUGCCCUGGGAAGACAAGUUACAAGACCCCCUCUACGUCCGAGACUCCAAACUCAGAUGUCAAGACAAUAUUGCAGAAUUUAUGAAAGAGUGCUUUCCUUCUCAAGACAAACCAGACGAGCUGCAGAGGUUCAUGGAGGAGGUGAAGACGCUGGAUUACCAGGACGAGCCGCGCUACGAGGAACUACGCUCCAUCCUCCAGGCCGGACUCAAGGCUCUGGCGGCCAAAGACAACGGGAAACUGGAGUUUGAGGCUGUGGACGGGACGUCAUCUGUCAAGAAAUCAACAAAACGAAAACAAAAGCCUGUUAAUUACGAGGACAGCUUAGACGAUGAGGAGAGUCCUGUGAAGAAAAAGAGGGUUGUCAAAAAAAAAGAGGUCAACGGUGUGAAAAGGUCUGCCAAAAGCCCUAAAGCAAAGAAAGCUACUCCAAAAUUCACAGAGAUGGCAACACAGACUACACCAGGACUCGCCAAAAGAGGCAGACCUAAGAAAACCGUGGCCUAA